UUGCGGCCCAUGUGUCUUUCACUUUCUUGUGCGUUGCAUCAGCUGUGAUUGAAAGACCGGUGUUCCAGUGUUCUAGAGUGCGGUGUGUGCAUUACGGUGUUCCCAUGAAGCUGGUAAUCAGUGAAGGGAGCCCACAUGGGAUUAAAGUCCUGGCAGCUGCUGCUCUCUGGGCUGGGAAUGUGGAGAUCCAGAGGCUGCAGCAGGAAGGUAAACAGAUUGUACUGCAUGGACUGCACAUGGCUUGUAAUGGGGGGGGACACUAUGCCAGGGGGUAGGCAACCUUCUGCACACCAGAUGUUGUGGACUACAUCUCCUUUAAUGCGGGCACAGCAUCAUGGGAGAUGUAGUCCACAACAUCUGGGGUGCACAAGGUUGCCUACCCCCUGGUCUAUGCUUUCAUCCCAUGACAUGAUUAUUAGCAGGAAUUCUCCCCAAAUCAGCUAUUUGUAGGCUCUGUCAAUCCACCUUUUUGUUAACUCUCUCCCCUGGGAUGUGCAGUCAAACCCCCACUGCUUUAAAUGUACUGAAUCCUGACACUCUAUUAACACCCAAACCUUCAUAAUUCGAUCCAGCUCUCCUUGAUACUUUAUAAAUGUAUGGACUUCUUUGUUAAUGUGUUUGAUAACAAUUGAUCUAUUUUUUUUUUUUUUUAUUAUUAUUUAUUUAUGGUAGACCACCAACAAUUUUUAUGUUGGCAUUUAUUAAUUGCUUGAAUGUCUAGGGUUUUGAAACACUGCAUUCUCUUGUCCAUACAAAAUUUGUGUUAUUGUUAUUUAUAAAGUGCCAAUGGUGGACAAAUUAGUCUUGUAUUUGUAACCAGACGUACUGGAUGGACAGGUACAGAGGGUGUAGAAGGCCCUGCUCAAACGAGCUUACAUUCUAGAGCAGAGGUAGGCAACUCUUUAGCAGCAUUGUGCCGAUAUAGGAUUGUGAUGUGCCGGUCCUAUUUUCUUUUAAAUUGAGAUGUGUAUGUUGUCGUAUUCUGCUUGUGUUAUUUAUACUGCAGUUGUUUUGUAUCGUUGUAUUUGUGCGUAUAUGAGCUAUUAUAUUGUAUAUGUUCACGAGUAGUUUGUGGUAUCGUGUAUGAUACAUAUGUAUGAGGGCUGCUUGUGGAAUUGUAUGUGUGGGGGUUGUUUUGGGGUAUUGCAUGUGAGAGGCUGCAUGUGGGGUUGUGUGCAUGCUUGUGGGGUUGUGUGCAUGCUUGUGGGGUUGUGUUUAUGUUUGUGUCUGGGAUGUUCGUAUUAUUUGUAUGAGGGGAGGAUUAUUGUGCAUUUCAUUGUAUAGCGUUCUUCUGAACAUUCCCAUCUUCAUUAUCUUCACAUUCCCAUAGUCUUCAUCAUCAAUCCAUCAUAUGCCAUUUUGUAAAAGUUUGGAUAUACAGUAUAGGAUUUAUUUUAUUUACAGAUGUUUGUUUUGUUGUCUUUUUUCAGAAAAGGUUGUGCCUUUCCUAUCACAGCCUAAGUUGCCAGCCCUGCAAUUAGAUAAUGGAAACUUUCUCUUCACUACCAAUGCGAUCUGUAGGUAUGUAUCAAACAUUGGCCAUCUCUCCACUGGUUUUAUGAAAAUACCGAGGGCAGGUUAGCUUCCAAGUGUUUAAGGGUUACUCCAAGCACCUUGACAACUUCAGAUUUUUUUUAUGUUGUUGUCAGAGGUGUAACUGAGCCAGCACCGACCAGUGUUUUAGGCUAGCUAAUGUCAAUUCUGUGCAUAUCCUUUGUGCAGCAGGUCACUGAGAGGGAGAGUUGGCACCUGGCACUUGGAGCUCUAUAAAUGGCUUACUAUGGCCCGUAACAUCUUCCUGUAUGUGAGAUUAAAGUUCAAUCAAUUGAGAGAGAUAUUAGAACUCCUAAAGAUAACACACUGUGCUAAAAAAUCGGACUGAAAAUAAAACUUUUUUUUUUUUUCUCUCCUCUUCUUUUAGGUAUUUAUUCUUGUCAUCAGGAAAGGACAUAACUGACCUAAGCAAUCAGUGGCUGGAAUGGGAAGCUACAGAACUGCAGGUGUGUUUAUCAUAAUUGAUGGUCUUUUUUAUUAUUCUGUAGCAUUAUAUGCUUUACUUUUCAUUAGUUUCAGUCCUAUAUUUGACUGCAAAUUAUUGUGUAUUUUUCUGGUGUUGAAGUUAUUUAAAACUUUAUUUUGUUUAUCCUCCAAUAGCCAGCAUGCAUUGCUGCCCUGCAUAGUCAUGUGGUUCAGGGUAAGAAGAAGGAAGAAGCUAUACUAAACAUUCAGAAGUGUCUCAUUCAUCUUGAUCAGAGCCUUGGAAAGGAAAACCACCCAUACAUUGUUACUGUAAGCACUGAUCUUUUAAAUACUGCACCCUGCCCAAUCAAUGCAACUACUGUUUGCCUUUUUUCUUUUUUUUUUUCUUUUUUUCAAUUAGGUAUUUUGUGUAUUUAGUGCCGUGCUUUAAAGGGAAUGAUAACUGAUUUCAUAGCUAUUGUGGUUAAAGUAAAAUCUUGCUUGUAUUCAUGUCUGCAGCUGUUGGCUCUGCCUCUAACCUGCCGGCUGUCUGCUGACAUCAUGAGAAGAGGUGGUCUUAGCCAAUCACAAUGCUUCCUCAUAGGACUGUCAAGGACGCUGAUCUAGGGGAGAGCCAGCACAAGUCAAACACAACCCUGGGCAAUCAGCAUCUCCUCAUAUAGAUAAAUUGAAUCAAUGCAUCCUUAUGAGGAAAGUUCAGUGUCUGCAUACACAAUAGGCAGCACUGCCCCAGGAAACACCACUAGCUGCCAUCUGAGGUAAACAAUGUCUGAAAAGACAUUGUUUACAGCAAAAAGCCUGAAGGUAACAAAUGCAAAAAGCUGUAGUUGUUCUGGUGUCAAGUGUCCCUUUUAAGGUAUAUAUAUAUUUUUUUUUUUGGGUCUUUGCACUAUCUGGCACCUUGUUAUAUGCUCACAGAAUGAAUUCAACUUCGAGACUAGAUCAUGCGCCAUGUUGACAAGACCAAAAAGGUCACAGCUGUAAAGUCUUUUUUUUUUUUUUUUUUGCGUUUUUAAACCCGUAUCCAUUGCUAAGGUCGCUUGCAGAAACGCAGGGUGAAGUCUGACACACGAUCCCUAUCUGCUUAUUAUAUGCAGGUUAUGUGCAACUGUAAUUAUAUUAAAAAUCCAAAGGAUUAAAUCCAGUUAAUCUGCCCGGUGCUUGUCAGCAUAGCAUAGCAUACAAAAUAAAGUUGCACUCUCAGGUCUUCUUUGCAAUAAAAUAUAACUUUUACUUGCUUACAAAAUAAAAAAAAAUCAUGUUGCAUACUGUGUGUAUAUUAAGCUUAUCCUGAUGAAAGUCUGCUUUGUCAGACUGAAACGUUUUUUGUUUGUUUUUUGUAAGCAAAAAAAGUUUAUAUUUUAUUGCAAAGAAGACCUGAGAGUGCUACCUUAUCGUGUGUGUGUGUGUAUAUAUAUAUAUAUAUAUAUAUAUAUAUCAGUGUGUGUGUGUAUACAGUAAUAGUAACCGUGCCUCACUACUGUUAGCAUUGGAAAGUGGCAGAUCUGUAUAAAUAUACCAUGUGAGAAUGAUGCUUCUGAUCUGGUUUUCCAUGGCUAUUGUCAGUAGGUAAAGGAAACUUGAUGCACCAUAACCUCUCGUAAAUGAAGGUGCAAAAUGUACGUGUCAUCUCAGCCUGCUCUCAUUGCCUAUUGGUACUGUCAAAAUUAGGACAGAUUUUUAAAUGGACACAAUAGGCACCCAGACAAUUUCAUCCAAUCGAAGUGGUCUGGAUGCAGUGCCCCUGUCUGUUUAACCCUGCAAUGUAAAAUAGUGCGGUUUCUGAGAAUUAUUUUGCAGGGUUUACUCCCCCUUCUAGUGGCUGUCUAGCAGACAUCCACUAGGGGCACAUCCUGGUCCCUAAUGGAAUUUUACUGAGUGAAAUGAUUUUGGAUGACCUCACGCUUUGCAUGAAGAUGUCUAACGUCUUCAAAUUCCCCAUAGGAAAGCACCAAUCAAUGUUUUUCCUAUAGAGAAGCUUUAAUAUACAUGCUCACUAGGUCUCACCAUUGCUGUGAAGGAGACCUAGCUAUCGUCAAUGGUGCCUCAACGAUAGAGGUAAAGUUGGGGGGGGGGGGAAGGAUUUUUUUUUUAAACCUUUACUUGGCCUACAGGAUGGGGAGAGGGAUAUACGGUUUGUUACUCCUUCCCUUGAUACUUGGCUUUAUUUAUAUGUUUCUCAUGUGCUGGAUCACAGUAUCUGGGAGCAGUUAUUUUAUUUUUUAUUUUAUUUACAGUGACACAGCCACUUUAAAAUAGAUUCUGUGAUCAUUUAAUUCUUACGGUGCUAUUUCUGUAUGGGAUCAAUCUGUUUUUGAUUAAUACCUCUAAAUCUUUAAUCCACUUUUUUAGGAUAGUCUCUCAGUUGCUGAUGUUGCAGUAUGGGCCUCCAUCUAUCCUCUUUUUACCAGUUUGGAUAGCUUACCAGGUAAGCAUUGUGAUGAUGCUAGCAAUGUUUCACUUUUCUUAGUAAAUGUAUUUGUUUGUGGAAUUUAUGUAUAGCAGAAUCUGUCACAUCUUUGUAGAGACUACUUUGACAUGUAUUAAUGAACAUUAUCAAUAGUUGUUUUUUUUUGUUUGUUUUUUUUUUGGGGGGGGGGGGCGCAUAUUAUUAGUUAAAUUUGAACUCUUAGGUAUACUAGAUCUGAACUGUGGGGCCAUGAAAAAGAAUUAGGAAUUAUGGUGGCAACUAGGACUCUGUACAUGUAGAACUACCAUCUAUGAUCUUGCAGAGUCCAAGAUGCUACUCUAUAUUUACUUUUUUUCUAGCUCAUCUUAAAUAUAUUGUGGUUCAGAUAAACCAUAUCACAUUGCCUUUAAAUAAUUUGUAGACCAAAUUACAUACAGCAUAAUAAGUUAUCCACCUUCUAAAUGUUGGCCGCUCAAUUUUUUUUUAUUUUUUUUUUUAAGAUAAUCUGUCUUCCUUCAAGAGCUGGUUUAAAAAUGUAAGCCAACUGGAAGAGUGUCAAAAGGCUGCAGAAUCACUGCUGAAGGGGCAGGGGGCAUCUGCGUUCAAAGCGUUUCUCCAAAAGUUGCCUACACCUGUGCUUCCAGCGGAAAAACCUGCUUGUAACGAGGUAAAGGCUCAGUACGUAAUCACUGGGGAUCACACUGCAUUAGCUUACAUUGACUAAUACUGUAUAGAAUGGGUCCAUGGUACCAAUUAAUUCAAAUAAAUGCAAGCUGUGCAUGUCUAUUCUAUUUUCCAAACAGCAUGGUCGUUCUAUCAAAAUAUUGAGUAAUCGAAAACUUUUUUCGAGCAGUAUGGGGGCACAUUCGUGUGCUUUGAUAUUGUAAUAUUAUAGUUGCAUAAUUACAUAGGCUGAAAAGGCCAUAAAGUUCAGCCUUCCUCACUUGUAGUUUUUGCUGUUGAUCCAAAAGAAGGCAAAAACCCAGUUUGAAGCUCUUCCAAUUCCAAACUGGGAGGGGGGAAAUACUCCUUGACUCCAAAACGGCAGUCAGAUUUGUCCUUGGAUCAAGAAGCUAUUCCCCAACAAGUAUUGAAUAUUACCGUAUAUACUCGACUAUAAGCAGAGUUUUUCGGUACAUUAUUUUUUUUUUUUGUGCUGAAAACCCCCCACUCUGCUUAUACUCGAGUCAGUGUCUGUAUUAUGGCAACUUACAUUGCCAUAAUACAGACCAGGACCGACGGGCUCAUUACAAGCUCGGCGGUCCUGUUGGGGGCCGGCAGCAAGCUGUAACUUACCUGUGCAGCAGCUCCGUUCAGCUCACUGUCUAAAUCUUGCGACACCCGCAACCGUCAGAGCUCCGCACGGCACGCAGACCACGAGAUUUAGACCGUGAGCUGAACGGAGCGGAGGAGAAGGGAGCUAACCGGAGCUGCUGCACAGGUAAGUUACAGCUUGCUCCCGGCCCCCCCCCUUGCACAGCCCAUCCACUGGACCACCAGGGAUUGAGAUAGCCCCCCUCCCUGGCCAGGCAACAAGCAGGGAGAGGGGACAAAAAAAAACCUAAAUAUUAAAAUAAUUAAAACAAUAAAACAUUAACAAUACUAUAAUCAAAAUAAUACAAUAAAAUAUUAACAAUACUAUAAUCAAAAUAAUAUAUUAACAAUACUAAAAUAAUUAAAUAAAAUAACUAUAUUAAAUGCCCUCUCCCCACACAGUUUACACACACUCUCUGCAUUCAUUAUAUAUAUAUAUAUAUAUAUAUAUAUAUAUAUAUAUAUAUAUAUAUAUAUAUAUAUAUAAUAUACACACACACACACACUCACUCUUUCCCAUUAGAGUUCCUCAGACUCCCCCGUCCGGCUAGGCACUCGCGGCAGGUUGCCAUAGCAAAAUAUAAACAAAUCUAACUGCGUCCCAGCCGAUAAUCUCGGCACCCGUUAGAUUGCAAGGUCAGGUACACGAUCCAGCUGCAGAAUACACUUACAGAGGUCAAUACUACCCGCAUUUUUUCGGCGGUUUCUAGGGGAACCACACUGGGAGAGGGGUAAGCACCACCUGUAUACAAUACAUUGUGCUAAUGUAAUAUGUACUCUUUUGUUAUUUAUUUGUUGUCUUUUACAAUGCACCUUAUCCUGACGAAAGUUCUGUAAUAGAACUGAAACGUUUAAAUUUUGUGGCAGUUGCUGAAUAAAAGCGAAGUUAUUUUUUCACCAUAUUUUUCUGAAGUCCUUAGAGUGCUAUUUUCUACUAUCCUGUAUAUAUAUAUAUAUAUAUAUAAUAUAUACACACACUCUGCAUUCAUUAUAUACACAAACUGUAAAUAAAUAUUCAAUUAAUGUAAUUUUUUGGGGAUCUAAUUUUAUUUAGAUUUACCAGUAGCUACUGCAUUUCUCACCCUAGUCUUAUACUCAAGUCAACAAGUUUUCCCAUUUUUUUGUGGUAAAAUUAGGGGCCUUGGCUUAUACUCGAGUAUAUACGGUAUGUUUUUGCAAGUAUGCAUCCAGUUGAUAUUUAAACAUCUGUACUGACUAAUAAAACCACCUUUGGGCAGAGAAUUCCACAUCCUUCUUGUUCUUAUGGUAAAAAAAACUUUCCUUUGCCUUAGACUUAACUUUUUUUUUUUUUCAGUCUAAACAUAUGACUUGUGUAUUAUGAUAUUGGGACCUUUCUAUGUGGGUCUAAUCCUAGUUUAAGAACCUCAUGUAUAUCUAUUUAUCUUUUAAAGCCGGUUCACAGACAGAUCCUCUUAGAUUUCCUAUUGGAUGCACUACGCAUUUUAAAUAAUUCCGUUUGGUGGUUGGGUGGAGGUGGACGUUAAGCUAUGAAGUUAAUAUGCCUGGCUAGCUUGUAUGCGCCUAGCUAAGGAACAGCUAAAUGUUGGCAUUUCAUUUGUUGUUGCCUUUCUGGCAGAGCAUAUUUGGACAAAAAAAUCAAUAUAAGAUUGUUUAUAAGUGAUCAAGCUUAAUUGCAUCUAUUACAGAAAUAGUGUGUCAAGACAAGAUGAGGUGCUCUUUCUUCAGUUGUCUUAAAUAUAGCGUACAUUGACUAUAUCAUUAAUAUAGAUAUGUAUCAUUACACAAUAUAUUGUACUCCAUGCAUGUAAUCCUUUAAUUGAAAUAACAAACCAUGACUGUUUACCAUUAAAGGGUGCUUGUAUAUAUGGUAUGUUGGGUUCCAUAUAUUAAGUGCAUACUUAAUCUGCUGGUGUUGUCGUUGAUAAUGCCAGAUCGCAUCAAAUAUUCAUAUCAAGUUUCUUGUAGGAAGAAGAUGCCGCAGUGAAGACAUUAUCUGAGGAGGACAUUGCAGCGGCUGCCGAAGCUUGGAGUAAAGAUCUUACCGAUGCUCCUCAGGCAAGACUAAGACAGCACCCCAUGUGAGUUACUUUUGGUUUCAGACUGUGAUUUUGCCCUCUUAUGUACAUCUUUACAUUUCUUUCAAAUUUCUAUGUGUGUAGGAAAGUCUUACGCAUUACAUUAUGUUUGCAUUACUCUCUGUAUCUAAUAGCUUAGCACCAUGUUUAUAUUUGUUUUAUGUCUGCGUCCAGUAGAAACCUUCAUUGUGUUUCCAUUGUGAUUGUGGCAGUGUCAGCACAUUGUAUUAAUCAGCCUAAUACGAAUUACUAUUCCUUGAUGUUUACAUACAGUAUUGGUAUGAGCACACCUUUAUCAGGAAAUAUAUAUAUAUAAUAUAUAUUUUUGAUUUACAAUCACAUGACUACCAUUGUUUUAUUUGCAGCCUUCCUGUUGAUGGGGAAAGGAAUAUAAUGAUCACUAGUGCUUUGCCCUAUGUGAACAAUGUGCCUCACCUGGGGAAUAUUAUUGGCUCAGUGCUAAGUGCAGAUGUCUUUGCCAGGUGAGUAGAAUAUUGGCAUUGUUUGGUGUUACUUGGCAGCUCUGUGUGAUGUUGGAGUCCCACUUCCUUAAACCUGCAGGAUAAAGAGCAAAUGUCUUAAAGGGACAUUCCAGGUUGGAGUUGACUUUAUUAUAUAAAUUAUAUUGGUACAUUAAAACCUAUGCACAAAAACGGUACAUGGGGGGAAAAUAAUAAGUAAAGAUACUGGCGUUUUGAAGUUCCUGCAUUAAAAAAAGCUUUGGAUAAAGCUUCUGCAAUGAGAUCUGCCUUUACCAAGAAUUCAUAAUGCUCCCAAAAGGUUCUGUAUCAGAACUCUCCUAUUUUAACUAGCUGACUCCAUCCUUUAUCUGAGAAACUUGCCUAUUUUGGUAGCAAAGUUAUCAUCAUCUUAACUUGUACUUCUCACCAUUGUUGUGAUCACAUAGUUUUGGGUGGGGACAAACUGUUUGUUAAUAAUCAUAUUUCUGACUUUUCCCAUUAUAUUUUCUUUCUUUUCCUCCUUCCAGAUACUGUCGUCUCCGAAACUGGAACACGUUGUAUGUGUGUGGGACUGAUGAAUAUGGCACAGCCACAGAAACCAAAGCCAUGGAGGAAGGAUUAACACCACAACAAAUUUGUGACAAGUAUAAUGCUGUCCACACUGCGAUUUACCAGUGGUUUAACAUCUCCUUUGACUAUUUUGGUAGGACGACUACUCAGCAACAGACAACGUGAGUAAUAUAGAACACUUACUAUCUUGAGUGUAUAUCACAAGGAAAUCCUAGUUUUGAAUGGCCAUCGUUUGCAAAAGUUUAUGAGAAAUGUAAAGAUGUGAUGCCUUUAUUAACAUUUUGUCAAAAAUGAGCACUUGCAUAAGACAAAAUAUCGACAACUUUUGUCCUGUGAUAUCUUUGUGAUUGCUUUGGAAUUUCAAUUAUACGCCAAAGCAUGCUGUGAAUUUUUCAUAAUGACUUUAUCUUUACGAAAAACUAACAAAAAGGACAUUAGUAUUUUCUUGGUGCGGAAAAGAUAAUUAGGGGUCACAUUCAAAAUGUUUGUUCAUAGUGAUACUACUGUAAAGACCAAAAGAUAUACAAAAUAAGUUACAGGAACAGUGCACACACAAAUAGUUUUUUAAAUCUUGUAAGGCUUUUUAAAAUAACCGAACAUAGGAAAAAGAUAUGGGAAUUUGGUUACUCCAUAAGGCCAUGCUAUGUUUAAGAACACCACCGGAGUACAAGGUGCAGCAAGAUUGGUUAUUAAUAACACUUUCAUGCAGUAGGAAAAAUGCACGAAAAUGUUUUCAUCACAAUUGUAAACAAAUGUUAAAAACAAUGCCGAUGCAUACCAAUGUGAAACAAUAAUGAAAUGCAUGUUUAUGUUGUACCUCUGUACCAACCCAAAAUUGCAAAAAAAAAACAAAAAACCCACCACCGGAAACAUGCCGACUGCAAAAGGCUCUUCUCCAAUUUACAUCAAUUACAAAUGACCUUACUUGUGUAUUGACUCCCUCUAUUAAAUUUUUAGAAAUGCACAAUUUCCAUGCAGGAAAGUGAGCUGCUUUCUUCUUGAGAAAGACUGUAGAAACUAGCCCUGCUUAGCGGUUUUAACUUUAUUUCCAUCUAGGAUUGCCCAGGACAUCUUUCAUCGUCUCCUUCAAAGGGACUUCCUUCUGACAGACACCGUGGAGCAACUCCGCUGUGAAAAAUGUCAGAGGUUCUUGGCUGAUCGUUUUGUGGAAGGAAUCUGCCCAUUCUGCAAGUAUGAGGAGGCCCGUGGUGAUCAGUGUGACAAAUGUGGGAAACUCAUCAAUGCUGUUGAGUUAAAGGUAAAUUUUAUAUAUAUAAUUUUUAUUUUUUUUAUUUUUUUUAUACCUUUUUAUACCUUUUCUUCCCAGAAGUGGGAAAUAAAAACGUAUUUGAUAUAAAUUUUUAAAUAAAUGGAUUGGUGUUAUUUUCUCAUGACCUUCUGGGUUUUAAUGUCGAAUUUGUAAAUUCUAGAAUCCACAGUGCAAAGUGUGCAAGGAAACUCCAGUAAUUAAAUCAUCCAAGCAUCUGUUUUUAGACCUCCCAAAGGUAUGUGGUUUUAUUUUUUUUUUUUUAUUUUUAUUUAUUUUCUUUAAAUUUCAAUAUUUUUUUUUAAUCUAAUCUGCCUAUCUAUUCCUACCUACCUGAUGUUGGACAUAACAAUUCAAUAUUUGUGGGUGCUAGGAUCACCUUAGAAAUCAGUAAGUGUUAAUUUUGUGGAAUUGCUACAUUGAUCUUGGCUGUUCUUUACAGUAAACCUUCUAAUUCCUGUUUUGAUUAAUUGCUGUACAUAUUACUGUCCUCAUUCUAUUUGAAGCAAUAGAAACCAUUUUCUAUUAUAGCUGGAGGAACGUUUACAGAAAUGGCUGGACCAGACCUUUGCAGCUGGAGACUGGACUGCAAAUGCUCGCUAUAUAACCCGCUCCUGGAUCCGUGACGGCUUGAAAGCACGGUGCAUCACGCGAGAUCUAAAGUGGGGAACUCCUGUGCCACUUGAUGGUUUUAAAGACAAGGUCCCUCUUCCUUUCCUUCAUUUCUGCCUAUGCAAUUUCAUGGUCUACACAAAGCAAAAAAACAAUAAUUGUACCGUAUAUACUCGAGUAUAAGCCGAGUUUUUCAGCACAUUUUUUGUGCUGAAAAACCCCAACUCGGCUUAUACUCGAGUCAGUGUCUGUAUUAUGGCAAUUUACAUUGCCAUAAUACAGACUGGAGGCUGGCAGCGAGCGCUUACCUCUCCUUCAGCUCCUGUCAGCUCUCUCCUCCUCCGCGCCGGUCCUGUCAGCACCUCAGUCAGCUCCCAGUGUAAGUCUCGCGAGAGCCGCGGGGUCAUAGUGCAGCUCUCGCGAGACUUACAGUGUGAACUGAGAGAGGAGCUGCACGGACCGGCGCGGAGGAGGAGAGAGCUGGCAGGAGCUGCAGGAGAGGUAAGUAACAGCUCUGACAGCCCCCCUCCUCCCCCCACUGAACUGCCAAUGCCACUGGACCACCAGGGAAGGAGAGCCCCCCUCCCUGCCAUGUAUCAAGCAGGGAGGGGGGACGAAAAAUAAAUAAAUUAAUCAUAUAUAAAUAAAAAUAAUAAUAAAACAAAUAAUAUAACCAAAAAUUUAAAUAUUAAUUAAUAAUAUAUAAAUAUAAAUAAAAAAAUAAUUAAAAAAAUAAUAUAACCAAAAAAAUUAAAAUAAUAAAUAAUAAUAUAUAUUUUUUUUUAUAAAAAUGCCCAUCCCCCACCAAGGCUCUGCAACACAAACACACACUGCACUCAUACACACACACUGCAUUCAUACACACACACACUGCACUCAUACACACACACUGCACUCAUAUACACACACUGCACUCAUACAUACACUGCGCACUCAUACACACACACUGCAUCACACACGCACACACACUGCACUCAUAAACACACACACUGCACUCAUACACACACACUGCAUUCAUAUACACACACACUGCAUUUAUAUACACACACACUGCACUCAUACACACACACUGCACUCAUACACACACACUGCGCACUCAUACAUACACUGCGCACUCACACACACACUGCAUUCAUCAUAUACACACACUGUAAAUAAAUAUUCAAUUAAUAUAAUUUUUUUUAGGAUCUAAUUUUAUUUAGAAAUUUACCAGUAGCUGCUGCAUUUCCCACCCUAGUCUUAUACUCGAGUCAAUAAGUUUUCCCAGUUUUUUGGGGUAAAAUUAGGGGCCUCGGCUUAUAUUCGGGUCGGCUUAUACUCGAGUAUAUACGGUAUUUCUUUUUAUAGGUGUUUUACGUGUGGUUUGAUGCUCCUAUUGGAUACAUUUCUAUAACUGCCAACUAUACAGAUCAGUGGGAGAAAUGGUGGAAAAAUCCUGAACAGGUGAUCACUUCACUUAUUUCUAAGAUUUUUUUUUUUUUUUUUGUAGUUUUCUUUAAAUCAGGGCUGGGUGGACACAUUAAAAGAAAACAAAUAUUUGUGUUUGUCAGUGAGUGUCUGUCUGUUUUGGUUGUUGACAUUUUAAUUUGAAACCUGUUUGGUUUGAUUUCUGCGAGGGAUAAAUGAGAAGAUGUCAGUUUACCUUUUUGUGCAGAUUUCAUAAACGUUGUUUUUUUGUUUUUUGUAUUUUUACUUCUAUCCUCUGAUUUAGGUCCAACUUUAUAACUUCAUGGCAAAGGACAAUGUCCCAUUCCAUAGUGUGAUCUUCCCUGCUUGCUUGCUGGGAGCCGAAGAUAACUAUACAUUGGUCAGCCAUCUCAUAGCCACAGGUGAGAUCAAAGAUUAGAAAUUUGAAGAGGAUAUGUUUUGAAAUUUAUGACUUACAGAAUUGGAUACUAAAGUGUUUUAACUCCUUAUAACAUGUCUAAAAUCUGAACUUUCUUGUGACUAGAAUACUUAAAUUACGAGGAUGGGAAAUUCUCAAAGAGCCGGGGAGUAGGAGUGUUUGGUGAUAUGGCAAAGGACACUGGAAUCCCAGCUGACAUCUGGAGGUUCUACUUGCUCUAUGUGCGACCUGAGGGCCAGGACAGUGCAUUCAGCUGGGGUGACCUGAUGCUGAAGAACAACUCAGAACUACUUAACAACUUGGGCAACUUUGUAAACCGGUAUUGUUGAGCAAUGUUCUAUGAGUGUAACUUUUUAACUGAAGUCCACAAACUGUGACUAUCAUGAGUUAGAACUAGUAUGACACGUUUUUAUGUGAUAUUCUGGCUUUUAUUUCAUGCUUUACAUAAGUGCGACGCUUGCACUAAAUUUAUAUUGGAUUAUAGAGCAUUUUUAAAAUGCAUUGCUACAUUUCCCAGAACCCAUUUUCUUGCAAUUUUUUUUUUUUUCCCUAAAAACUUUCAAAUGAAAGUUCUGAGGUUUUUUAUUUAAAUUUUUUUUUAUUAUUUAUUUAUUUUUUUUUAAACCACCUUGACAGACAUGUUUGCAUUGAUGCUGCUGGAAGUAAUUGGUCUUUAGUCAUUAGAGUUCAGUUUCCCUUUAAAUUAUACAAAAUAAGUCCAUUGUUUAGGUACACCCAUCUUAGAUUCUUUUGUUCAAACAACUGAUCUAUUUGCACUAAAAGCAAAGUCUCUGGUGCACUGAAGCUCUUGUGUAGAGCAUAUACUUUACUGUCCUUAUUUUACUCAAGUGUUCUCUACGGCCUCAAAGCCUUAUCACUUAGUGCGGUAUGUUCAGUCACUAUAAACUUUUGUAAGAUCCACUGUAUCAAAAUUGAGCUGACAUUCUAGGAGUAAUAACUUAAUUUUGUGUGAACAUACACAUGCAAAUGUUAGAAUGCCGAAAUGGAAAUUUUCUCUCCACUGCAGAGCCGGUAUGUUUGUACAGAAGUUUUUCAAUGGCUGCGUUCCAGAAAUGGAGCUAAUAUCUGAGGAUAAGAGGCUGGUGGCCCAGGUUGCUGCAGAGCUCCAUCAGUACAACCAGCUCCUGGAAAAAGUCCGGUAUGACCAAUGGGGAGGAUGACAUUCCGUAUUAUUAAACUUGAGUUUGUAAUCUGAUUUUUGGUAGAAGAAAGCCAUUCCAAAAAUAUAUAUAAUUCUUCUUUUUGAAUUUCAGUAUCCGGGAUGCUUUGCGGUGUAUUCUGAACAUCUCUCGUCAUGGAAACCAGUAUAUUCAAGUAAAUGAACCAUGGAAAUGUAUCAAAGGAACCAAAGAAGAGCAGUAAGUUUUGCUUGUGUUUAACUUCUCUCUCUCUCCUUUCGUAUUGUUAUAUGCAUUUUUUUUUUGUCUGCAGAACUAAUCAUGCAUCUAAUCAGCCUUUAAUUUAAUUUUUUUUUUUUAACCUUUAUUUCAAGUCAGCAUAACUUUUAUCAUCAUAGUUUAUUUUAUUUUUUUAUAUAGUUCCUUUUACUAUUUCAACUAGAAAACUGUUCCAGUUUUCUAACAGCCUGUCUGUGUUCUAAAGAUUUCAUGCAUCCACAUAGUAGAGUUACUAAAUAGACAUGACUUGUGCCAUUGUGUGACCUUCAUUUUUAGGCCUACAACCAGAAUUACAGUGACUUAUCAACUAAUCAAUGCUGUGUUUUGGUUGCAAAGCUUGAAAGCUCAGAAUCCAGUUAAAUUUCUGUACUUGGCCUUUAUGCUUUAUAUAAUGCCACUCUUCUUAUGGCAGGAAACGCGCAGGAACAGUAACUGGAGUGGCUAUCAAUAUGUCGGCCCUGCUGGCCGUCAUGCUGCAGCCAUACAUGCCAACAAUUGCUGGCAUCAUUCAGGAGCAGCUGCUGGUGCCUAAAGAAGUUAAUGUUCUGACCAAUGACUUCCGCUGCACACUACCAAGUGGACACCGUAUUGGCAAUGUGAGUAAGACUUAUUUUACGGAAAAUAAAUACAGUCCUGUGUCUUAUGAAAGUGAAAUAUGGAAAAAUGUUUAAUAAAUUAUGCGUUCCGGGUAAUAUGCAAGAAAUUACAUUUUUUUUUUUUUUAGUCUUGUACAUCUGCAGCCAGAACAGGACCAAUGAGUUAUAUGCUAUAGAUCUCAUUAAAAAUUAAAAAUACUUUUGACUUGUAAACAAAUAUAAUCCUGCACUGCUUCUUAGUUCCCCCAUCUUGCCAUGCUUUAUAGGUCAGGGCUGCAUGUUUACCUGGACUAUGGUUGGAGAUUUCAUAUUCUUCAGAUUGUAGUGUUUAAAGGACACCUCAUCCCCAAAACUACGUUUAGCUCUUUUUAAAGAUCGGCUUCCAUAUACAUAUAAACAUCCACCUCAAAUAGGCCGCUAACUCCACCAUGCUGAAAACGCAAAAAAAUGUUUUGGCACCUUACAAUUAAACAAGAAAAUAUGACAAGACUACUAAUAUAAUCAAAAUAAUAUGCAUUAAAUUAAAGUCUAUUUAAAAAAAAAGGUCCAGCAAGUGAAAUCCUUCACAAAAACAUGCAAAUAAUAAUUGAAAAAGUGUUCAGUUACUUGUGGGGUUUUCUGCAGCGUCAGUCCCAAAUGAAUAUCUUUCACACUCCAGUCUAAAAUAAAAACCUAAAACAACAACAAACAGCAGUUCUGGAAUAAAGCGCAAUGCAAGAGCCUUUUAAUGCAGUAUUUAUUGAAACCACUCAAAUGAAUGGGCAAAUAACUUACAGUUACAAUACCUCUACACUGGCACUAAUUAACCAAUGGAAUGUGUGGAUAAAAUACACAAAUAUUUGCUGUGUAGACCUCGAUCUCCAGUAAUCGCUCCUUCUGUCCUGUCACAGCUGUGCACGCCAGCAGUAUGAGAUCCCCAGAGUGACACUAAUAUUGUGUGCAAAUGGGUUUUUUGGUACUUUGUUCAAUUCCUAUGCCUUUUGAAAGUCUACACUUGUUUACUUGAUCACCUUACUGAAUAAUCCCGUGAUACAGCGAUAUACCGCAUACGCAUCCCACUUAAAAAUACUCCUUUCUUAUAGAUACAACUUGCUGGUUACAUGAACAAUUUACACACUUUGUUUCAAAUUGUGAUUUGAAGUGUAGCCUCUUUGAGCUUCUUUUCUCUACAAUAUUGUCCAUCAUAAAUAAUAGCUAAACACCUUAACUAUAUCUAUCUAUCUAACCUGUCUUGCCUUUAAGUUAUAACCUGGUAAACCUGAAUAGACGCCACAAAAAGUGAUGGAAAAUAAUUUGACAUUGUGAUCACAAUAUUAAAAGGGGUAAUCUAUAUAUUUGUGUUUACCCCAUCCCAGUUCAUUUUGCAAAACAAUAGAAAAACAUUUUUUGGGGGGGGGGAAUAUAUGCCAGAUAUAUGUGAAAAUUUUUCAGUGCAGAUUAUUCAUCUGGCUUCAUUACAACAUUUUAUGGCAUAUAUUCAGAGUGCCAGAGGCAUAAUCAGUGCGUUGCCUUCUCUUCUGGUAGUCAAGUAGUUAAACUGCAUUAGAGUCAGACCACAAAUAAAAAUAGAGCCACGUGUUGGCUUACGUGCUGCUGCAAUGUUUUUCCUCUCUGAAUUCCCUGCUGACGUUGUUCCAGCUACAAGAUAGCUGAGCCCAGUGUCUUAUGCGGAAGCCAUGUAAUGUGGCUUGUUGUAAUCAUCUGUACAUUGCAACAUCUUGUACUGAGAAUUGCACCAAUCUUGUGUUGUUCUAUGCAUUCCCCAGGUGAGUCCAUUGUUUCAGAAGCUGGAGAAUGACCAGAUUGAGUCCUUGAGAAAGCGCUUUGGAGGUGGACAGGUGAGAUGUAUGAGCCAAUUAAUAUAAAUGGCAAGAAUUGUCAAAUUCCUACGGGACACCAGAAAAUAGAAGCAAUUUCCACAAGUUCGUUUAGUAAAUUCUUGCACGUUACAUAUAAAUCUGUCUUCAUUAUAUUAAUAAAUGUAGUGCUGGCAUAUGUGCCUAGGUAAGUGCUGUAUUGUAAAAUGAUCUAAUUCCCGGUUAUUGCUAACAUAUUCUACACAAUCUGUAUGGAAAUAACAUCACAUUAAAGGUGUUAUAUUGUUUACAUGCUGCAUCGUGUCGCAGGUUUAGUAAUUGAUGAGCAGGUGUAUGGUUGCAUAUCUGAUAACCAGAAAAAUAUUAGGAUGAUGUACAAAUAUGCCGCACAUCUGAUGUGAUAGUCUAUCUGUAACAGUGGCGACUAUCGCCCCUUAAUUGUGGGCUCUCACUUUAUUCUUAUCCUUUAUCUGUUCAUCAGCCGGAUGGGGACAAUUCUGGGCUACAGGUAAAUGUACUGCAUGUGUAGUCUGCAUUACAAAUGCUGCAUUUGCAUGUGUAUAUGUGGAUAUUUCAAUGCAGAUUUGAUGGCUUUUUUUUGUGUCCUCCAUAUAAAGUUAUUGACAUGUAAAUGUAGUAGGGAUUGGUUUUACCUUGGGGCUUCUCUUCCUGGUAGCAUUGGUAACUUAGCACUGGUGUUUGAUAUCCGUCAACAGAAGGGAAAAUUGUAAGAUUCAGAUUUUUCCCUUUGUAUGCCUAGGUUUUAUAUUUUUUACAGUAACUGAAAUGCUUGAAAUGAGGACAUUUUGGCUAGAAAUAAAAUGAGAAGAAUUGUAUUUAUGAAAAAUCAUUUUUAAAUGCUGCGUAAAAGUGAAAUUAUUUUUAAAUCUGCAUUUAGAAAAUGUCUGCAAUGUCUGAUUGUGAUUUUACUGUAGUGUUCCCUUCAUUGAGGUAACCUUAGCAUUAGACAUAUUUGCCUUCCAUGCUCUGCAUGUUUCUUUGUGGUUAGCUAAUAUUUAAUGAUUUAAAAAAAUAAAUAAAAAUUGCUCCAAAAAUUUAAAAAUGGCCUAAUGAAGAUUUAAUUUCUAAUUACAUACUGCUAUCUCCAAAAGACAUUUCAUUUGAGUCUAACUGCUUCUUAGCUUAUAUUGUAUACGGUCAUGGUUAUUCACUAAAGGGAGAAUUACAAGUAAACUCGAGGGAAUUUGAAAUUCAUGGUCAAAAUAGCAGAACCAGAAAGUCAACUAUGCUUUCAGUUCGACUACUCUGGCCUUAAUUUCCAAAUUCACUUGGAAUUUUCCCUAUAGUGAAUAAAUCCAAAGUUUAUAUGGCAAGUCAUCUCCCCAAACCUUUUUGCAAAUGUGUAUAUACAAGCAAUACUGUGAAAAUAUUCUACUUCCUGGAAUUCAUUCCACACUGUGAAACCAGCAGCCGUUUUGUGUAUUUGUUUGGUCUUCUCUAAAGAGCUGAACAUUUUUGUUAAUUUUCACAGGAGAAGGCAGUUCCCAAAGUACCAGCACCCACAGUGGCACCUGAAACCUCUACGGCUGGUGAUCCCCAGAAAUUGAAGGAGUUACUACAGCAGGUAGAAAAGCAGGUACGUACGGUGAUUUAAUUGGCAGAAUAACAGAGAAUUAAUUAUGGGUAAUACAUAGACAAACCAAUUUUACUGCACAAGAUGAAGUGGUUUGGGUGCCUGUAGUGUCCCUUUUGAAGGAACACCCCAAGCACAAUAACCACUACUGUCUGCUGUAGUGGCUUAUUGUAGCAAAGUGCCCUGGCAAACCUUAUUAUUAAGGAGUCCCAACUGUUUUAGAAUGGUUGAUUUGACCAAUUUCUGUUGAAAUCUGCACUUUUAUUAAAAUGGCGGGGGGGAGGGGGGGGGAACAAAAAAAAAAACCACACUCUUCCCACAAAGCAUUUCAACAAGCCAAUGUGUUUUAGCAGUCUGGAGUGUUCCUUAGACAUAUUCCCAACAAAACUGAUUGUCGGUGGAAGAAAUCUUGGCUCCUGCUGUAACCCAGAGAUAGUCUUUAUAAGUUGUUGUAAACCCCAUGUAUCCAUACUGCGUGGUGUCAGUGAGAGGCUGGUGGUAAUGGAGAAGAGUAUGGUUUUUAAUACCAUUUGGUCACUUGAAUAUUGCGGUGAAUUUUGGAGAUUAGAUAUACCAAAUAAAUUGGCCACCCAAUGUAUAUUUUGUUUUCGUAUAAAUCUACAUACUAUUAGAUUUUUGUGAGGCAAGACUUGAGGUUAGUAUCAACAGGUAAUUGUAAUUAAUUAACAUCAGUUUCUUUACUAUUCCAGUGGAAUGCUGUAAAGAGAAUGUCAGUGGAAAUUGACCAUUUUUUUAAUUGUUCCUUACACCAGGGUUGCCCAAAAGGUAGAUCCCCACAUGUUGUUGAACUACAACUCCCUUGAUGCUUUGCAUGCCUUUAGAAUGACAAAGCAUCGUGGAAGCUGUAGUUUAAAAAUAGCUAGAGAUCUACCUUUUGGGCAACCCUGGUGUAAGGAACAAUUUAAAAAUUGCUAAUUUCUACUGUCAUUCUACUGACAUUCAUACUAACAUGUUGUUAAUUACAAUUACCUGUUUCCAGCCCUCUAUUUUUAUUUUAUUUUUUACAAUGUUAGACUGAUAUGAUAUACUUUAAAUAUUUACUGACCUCAUUGUUUGUUCAUUGGUACUGGAACUUAACCCCUUAAGGACCAAACUUCUGGAAUAAAAGGGAAUCAUGACAUGUCACAUGUCAUUUGUCCUUAAGGGGUUAAAGGACCACUAUAGGCACCCAGACCACUUCAGCUCAAUGAAGUGGUCUGGGUGCCAGGUCCAUCUAGGAUUAACCCUUUCUGCUGUAAACAUAGCAGUUUCAGAGAAACUGCUAUGUUUACCUAUGGGUUAAUCCAGCCUCUAGUGGCUGUCUCAUUCCGCGCUUCUCACUGUGAUUUUCACAGUGAGAAGACGCCAGCGUCCAUAGGAAAGCUUUGAGAAUGCUUUCCUACGGACUGGCUGCGCGCGCGGCUCAUGCCGCGCAUGCGCAUUCAGCCGAUGACGGGGAAAGGAGGCGCAGAGAAUACAAAUGUAAAAUGUGUUUAACCCCUUCCUCACCCUAGAGCCCGGCGGGAGGGGGUCCCUAAGGGUGGGGGGGACCUAGAGACCCUGUUUUGAAUUAGUAGCACAAUGCCAACACAUACUGUGAUCAAAUCCUAUUUUAAAAAGUUGAGUGAAGCAGUACCUCCUGACAUGCUGACCCACUACAAAUGGCAAAGGUGAAUGCUUAGAAAUUGUUAUAUGGUAACUGCUGUCAGACAUUUUGAGAAAGACCAUAAGCAAUUCUUGGUUUUCGUUGAUUCAUUUGUAGUCUUGCUUUUCACAUAAACUGUAAAAUAUAAAAGAUGUUGGCACUUAUGUUGACCCCACACUGAAAAUGAUUGAAAAGUAAUAAUGAUUUAAAAACAAUUUUUUUUUAUUUUUUUUAAAGUAGGUGUUUUUCCAAAGGUUUCAUACAAUUAAUUUAAUUUUUUUUUCCCCACCAAUUUUGGUAGGGUAACCAUGUGAGAGAAUUGAAGAAAGGGAAAGCUGAAAAAACUGUGAUUGACAGUGAGGUACAAAAGCUUCUCUCUUUGAAGAAAGAGCUGGCGCUGGCGGAAGGGAAAUCACCCGAACCUCCAACACAGAAAGGCAAGAAGAAAAAGUGAUGACCCAAUGUUUACAUCCAGGAAACAAACAUUAAAUGAGCCACUUGCUCCUGAGCCCAGGCAGAACUCGUGGUAGAGCUGAAGAGGAGAAAGAGAUAUGGGAACACUUUUAAAUAAAUAUAUUUGUGGUCACUUUUUA